GAUUUUGUGGCUGUGGGCUGAGUGCUUACGUGUUGACUCGAAAUAUACGAAGCAUUUGUUGGUUAUCUCUCACUAAACUUAUUUAAACAGGUGGUAAAGGGCGGUGUUCCAUGAAAGUUUGAAAGAUCGCUGCAGGUGUUAUAGUUAUUGACCUCGUUCUUUUGCCUCCAAAAUUUGAACUAAAGUGACUCGUGUAAAGAAAUAAGGAAAUUAAAAAGCUACGAUGGCCGCUCGGAAGAAUAUUUUGUAUUUAUUCGACGUCGACGGUACGCUGACGAAACCCCGGCAAGUAAUUACGGAGGAGUUCAAGAAUUUCCUGCUCCAAAAGGUAAAGCCUCAAGUGUGUAUCGGUCUCGUCAGCGGCUCGGAUUACGCUAAAAUCGCCGAGCAGAUGGGCGGCGAGCAUGUGACUAAUCAGUUUGAUUACAUGUUUUGUGAGAAUGGCGUGAUGGCGUACCGGCAAGGGAAGUUACAAAGUUCACAGAGCAUUUUACAGUUUAUCGGAGAGGAAACACUCCAAAAGGUCAUCAACUUUGCUCUCGGUUACAUGUCAAAGUUGGAGCUACCUGCUAAGAGGGGCAACUUUGUCGAGUUUCGCUCGAGUAUGAUCAACAUUUGCCCGGUCGGCCGCUCCUGCAACCAAGCAGAACGGGAUGAAUUCUCCCGUUUCGAUACAGAACAUAAGAUUCGAGCGAAAUUUGUUGAAGAAUUGAAAAAAGAAUUCGCAGACUCCAAACUAACAUUUGCGCUCGGAGGGCAGAUCAGCAUAGAUGUCUUUCCCACAGGGUGGAACAAGACUUACUGUCUCAGACAUGUGAUUAAGGACAGUUUCUGGGAGAUCCACUUCUUUGGAGACAAGACCAUGCGCGGUGGCAAUGAUCAUGAAAUCUACAAUGACACUAAAACGAUCGGGCACAAAGUCACAGGUCCAGAAGAUACACAGGAGCAACUGAAAGAGUGCCUGGGUAUACAAUAAAACAACUUUUAGCUUCUCAAAUCAAGGAUAUUAAAUCUAGGACAAAGAUUAAGUACCUAAUUCUGUUAGAUAUAUAAUAUGUUUGUACAGUGUAACUAUACACUAUAAAAGGGUUUUAAUAGUAAGAAAUAACCACUAAGAUUUUAUGUAGCAUUUAUUUUAAUAGAUAUACAAAAUGUAAACAUUCAAUUGCUAUACUUGCAAAAUAACUUUUUAUGGCACCUUCCAUAACAACUUGAUACAUUGUAAAAAAAUAGAUUUUAAUGUACUUAGUACAUUCUUAUUAAACUUAUCAUUUUAAAUUUGUAAAUUAUGAUUUUAAUAAUACUUAAAUACAACAAAUUGAUAUGUAUAUAACAAUAUAAAUACAAAAAUAUAUUAAUAUUUAUGACCAUGUCUUUAACAUGCUAAAUAACAAUAACAACAAGCUUAUAAGCUUUGUCCACACACAAACAUACAUUGCCUAGUAUGGCUUGGGUUGUGUAAAAAGGGAGAAAAAAUGUUUAUUGUUAACUCAAUAUUUCUAUUACAAAAGUUUCUCACCUUACCACAAUGGUUAAAUUCUGCUGGGCAAAUUGACUAAGUCAAUUGAAAUGUGCUAACAUUCCAUAUGUGUGAAUUGUUGAUGUUAUUAUAUUUUCAAUGUAUUGCGUCGUGUCGUUGCAUCAUAUCAACACAUUUGCCCCAUGUGCAAUCAAAUUCUAGCAGCUUUUCCAUAUGUCAAGAGCAUACAAUGGUACCUGAAGGCUAGUUUGCCAUAUUACCUAGUUAUAGUGCCUUAGCACAGCUAAUUAUUUAUUUUAUUAGUAGUUGUGUGUGGAUGUUUGUAACACUAACAAUUAUUAUUUAUUUGUUAUUUGAACAAUAAAUGCGUCAAUGUCCCUUG